CAUGAGUGACUCUGACUUUGAGCAUCGCAACCAACGGCGUGUCUGUUUGCUGCAACAGAAUUUAGAUUGGUAACAUAAUCGUGAAGAGCCUGUGGAUUUUGCAAUACAUGUUCUAUUUUCUGAAAAUAGAAUGAAGAUAAAAGCGAAUUCUUCUAUAACUUUCAUUAUCGUAAUAAUAAUGAACGUUUCGGCUUUUGUUAAAGCAGAGUGCAUUGGAGGAGAAUUUUCUUGCCCUGACAAAUCUGGGUGCAUUUCAUUCAAUCAAUUUUGUGACGGUCAGGUGGAUUGCGUAGAUGGAAGUGAUGAGAUACGGCGCCUCAGCAAGUAUAAUCAAACUGGAAUUCCUUGUCGCCAAAACAAUCAUAUAUGUAUGCUACCCAAAAUUCUAAAGAACAUGCAAUCUGCACUAUGCCAGAAAAACGUAAACUGCAAUAACGACGAAUUUUCAUGCAUUGACGGAUCUGCCUGUGUACCAGCUGAAAAGUUUUGUCCCCGGGUAUCAUAUGAAAUUAAUUGCAUAGACAACAGCGAAAAACAAUACCUCACCUUGACAAAUGUACCACCAAGACCUGGACCAACUUCUAUUUUAUGUCGUUCCGUGCAAAAAGCUGUCUGUUAUCUUCCGGAAAACCAAAUCCACAAAGCAUCGCAACUUUGUGAACAAGACCCUCUUUGUCGAAAUGAUGAAGUGCCUUGUUGGCUUCCCUUUUUUCAUUGUAAAGAUGAGGAUUUCUGCGAAAAAUCGGACGUGUGCAUGUACCUUUAUAAGCCAUUACCAUCUGACCAACAAUAUCCGCUACGAAAGAAACAGGAAGGUGACAUACUUUGCGACGGGUUGGAUAUGAGACUACAAAAUCGGAGAUGUCCACUACCUGCAGAAUUCGUUUGCGACAGUCGUUUUCAAUGCUCAGGAGGAGUCGACGAGUGUUUUUGUGAUGGAAAUGAAGUAACAACAGAAACGUUCAUCGACAAAAGAUGUUUUCGAUGUUUAAAUUCAAAGGGCGUAAUACCAAAAAGUAAACUAUGCGAUGGAAUAGUAGACUGCGAUGAUUUAUCUGAUGAAUGUUUAUGUAAAAGAAGAGGGAUUUUAGACAUUUGUAAAAGUAUUCGUUGGGGAGAGGGUGCUAACCCAAGCCAAUCUAUAUCAUGUAAUUCAACAGAAGAUCAUGGUAAUAUCACAGUUUGUAACGGAAUAUCUGACUGCCAAGGAUCAAUUGAUGAAAAUUAUUGCAAUGUGGGCUGUUCGGGUAAAUUAAUUACAUCGAAAAGUAUUUGGUCAGCUAAAGGACCGUUAAACAAUAUAUUGAAGCUAUAUUGA